UUGCUGCUUGCUGCUGAACAGCGUCACCAUCGCGAUGUGCGGUUUGGACGGAUAAAUCACCAGCGUUCAACUCCGUCCCGUCUCUCAUGCCGCGUUCCCACGCCAUCCUGGAUUAUGCCCGAGACUGACCGCUAGCCGGACUGUUUUAUUAUUAUUAUUACUAGUAUUAUUGUGUGUGGGGAGUUCUGCCGAAGAACUCUCAAAAGACAUCCAGCUCCAUAAUUUUUUUUUUUAUAAUGGAAAUGAUCUUUCCGACGGGCAAAAUGUCUCUCAUUUCGUCGACUUUGGCGCUGCUCGCCAUCGUCUCCUGCACUUCUCCGGUGAGCGGGAGCGAGGACUGUCUGUGGUACGUGGAUAAAAAUGGCACCUGGCACAACGGCUUCGACUGCCCUCUCAUCUCCCCCUGCUGCGGCAACUGUCACCGGCGCUACUGCUGCAUGGACCCCUUCAAGAUGAUCACGGAGAGGGAACAGAAACGCUGCAUGCUCUUCCAGUUCAGUCCGAGCACUUUAGUCGGCAUCGCCUCCUCCAUUCUGCUGUUUGUGGCCAUCAUCGCCACCAUGGUUUGCUGCUUCAUGUGCUCCUGUUGUUACCUCUACCAGCGGAGGCAGCAGAGAGGCAGGACACCUUAUGAUGCCCAGCACAUCCCCAUGGCCAGCUACCCCGUGGAGCCCAUGCACGAUGCAUAUGGAAAGCCUCUUGGACCUUCAGAGUAUCCUCAUGCGGGCUAUCCUAUGGCACCUCAGUAUCCUGGCAUGCCUGUCCAUUACCCAAUGAUGCAUCCGGGACCUUACCCAUCACACUCGAUGGAUCCGGCGUACAGCCAAGCGCCACCCCCCUACUCUCCACCUCAGUAUCCCGGUCACUGACGGGCUCCUCCUCGCACAAAGACGCAGCUGAAAGAAAAGACUGUUUGAGAAGGGGGAAGGCGGCGACCCUGUUUUUAGCUGUAUGAGCAGUCUAACACGCACCCGUAAAAAAUAAAACUACAGCUCAACCAGGAGUGGGUUUGAUGCGGAGGAGAAAAGGAGGCACUUUCAUCUUUUCUUUUAUUUUUACCCUUCCUGCGCAGCGUCGCCCUAUAGUUCCACAGUAGUAAUGCGAGUCUCGUCCCGUCGCGCCACCUGAACCUGGACGCAUGUCGGGGUGUUUGCGUACAGGUGAAGGAGGAUCUGUCUGGACGUUUCAGGUUUUGCUCUGACUCGGCCGUCUCAGUGACGGAGCGCUCUCUGGCUCACAGAAAACCAAAGUCCAAGAACAGGACCCGUGAUGCACUACUUUAUGUAUUAAAGGGGAAAUAAAAAUGCUUUUCUCAUGUGUGUCAAAGUUAAGGAAACCAACAGCUGAAGCUUAUUGUUUCUCCAUGUGCGUUUGUCUCUCAGCGCUUUUGAGACUGAUGUGGAAAAGCAAAUGAGCUGCAUGGUUGUUGUUUUUCUGCGUAAUUCCCUUAUUAAAAAAAUACAAACCUUUUGUCACCUGUUAGUUUGAACAGUACCUGAUCUGUUUGCUUAAAUCGUGCAAUUUUUUUCGGGACAUGUUUUAAGUGAUAGCAUCUCAGCGUCAGCGAGCUUCCUCAUUAACGUUCAGCUUUCCUUCCCGGCUGUUCUUUCUGGUAGAAGAUAAACGUCAAAUUAGGCCCGAUAUUAAACGCACAUUUUUAUUUCCAGUUGUAGGAGUUUUGCUGUUUGAUUUAAAACCAAGAUUCCGCCUCACAUUAUUGAAACGUGAAAAAGAUGAGAGGAUAUUUAUUACAUAUUUUGUAAAGCUGUUUCUCAGUUUAAAUGUUUAAUAUUGUAACGAGUUGUUUUAAAGUAGUCUGCUGUUGUUGUAACAUAGAGUUCUUACACUGAGUGUUUUAUUAUUGCUGAGAUUACCUCUUACUGUGAAUGACUCCUCACCGUCUGGACUUACAGAGCCAAAAACAAAUACUUCCAAGUAGAGACGCACUGAUCAGGUUUUUCCUGGCCGAUACAGAUUUCGGCUUUUCUUUGAGGUCUAAGCUGCUGGUUUCUAAUGUGACAUAGUCCCUCCUAUUUUUUGGCAAGGAUUUUAACACAAGAUAAAAGUAGAAAUUUCCUGAUGGUAAAACCUUUGAGUCCAACAGACAAUUUUAGGCUGGUUCACUCGGCAGGAUUUUUUUUUUUUGAAAAUUGUCUAUUUUGAAAAUUGUCUAUUUUAAAAUCCUGCUGUGUAAACCAGCCUAUAGGCUACAAGAAUAUCUCCAUAUGUGCAUCUAAUCAUCUGUCCCAAGCCAUUAUCUUAUUAUUUAGUUGGAAAUAAGUGCAGAAUAAUGCAUACAUUUUCAAACUAAAUACAGUGAGAGUUCUUAUUUCGGAUGAUUAAUUAAACAUAUCUUGAUGCAUCUCAAAAUUCCAGGUAGAUGAAUUUCACUAUUUGAUCCGCAGACUCCAACCUGAGGCCAUUAAAGGAAAAUUGCCCGACUGAUUGUUGCGUUUAGACUUUAAAAGAUUGUCUCGCUGUUCUCGUAUUACUUAGUUUUUUUUUUCAAAUUAAAAUGUGAAUCCAAUACCUUGUAGGUAUAGCAAUAAAUAAAAUACUCAGUAACCAAGUGAAGGUAACAUUUAGGAAGUUUAGACAUUUCCUAGGAAAGUAUUCAAUACAAAAGUUAUUUUAGCAAGAUGUAGACGUACACAAACGAGUGUUUAGUUGGAGCACAAGGACCGUCCUGCCAGUUACCUCCUGCAGCUAAAUACUCAUCAAAUCUACAAAGAGGUAGAUGCAAUAGUUUGAGUUAAUAACUGCGUUUUUUUUUCAACACGGUCAGAUUUUCAGAUUGAAUAAAAAUGGAAUAAAAGUUAUCGUCCCGCCGUGGGUAAAUAUCUUAAUUUUAAGUGUACGUUUAGCUUCCCUUUGCCCCGCUGGCUGUGUUUUCUGUUUCUAAACAGAAGUGAUUCUCUAGCUGGUUUCAGUUAUAUUUCUAUUAACACGUUUAGAAAAAAAAACGGCAUCAUCUCUGGUCAACAUAGGUCAUGGUCUAAAACUUCUGUAUGUUGUCUCAACGUUAAAUCCAGUAAAGCAGAGGAAACCCUUCUUUCUCAUGUAAAUGAUUCACUCCCAUGUCGUCCUGUACAGAUUUGUUUAAACCUGAGAACGCUGGAUUUUCUCUUUGUUCCUUUCAUAAGUAGUUUAAUAUAACUUUUGCUCAAUACUGUUCAUGUUUGCUUCUGCUUCUAAACCAACUCCAUGAGUGUGUUUUUAAUGAAACUGACAUGUAGGUGGGGAAAUGACAUGCCCAUAUAUGGCAUUUGUCUCCUGUCAUAUGGACUGUAUGACGCUGUAACAUAAAAUCAAAUGAAAAGAAAUUAUUUCUAUUAAUAAAAACUUUAACUUUGGAUUGUAAAACA